UCAGCUUGCCAAUCUGCGAGGCGAGGCCCGGUUCCUGCGGUGGUCUAGGGGACCCGAAGCCUGAGGCCCCUUCGGCGAUCACCGCGUCUCGGCUCCUCCGCCGCCCUCUGCCCAGUCAAGAUGGGGUUUAUAUUUUCAAAAUCUAUGAAUGAAAACAUGAAAAACCAACAGGAGUUCAUGCUUAUGAAUGCUCGACUUCAGCUGGAAAGGCAGCUAACGAUGCAGAAUGAAAUGAGAGAAAGACAAAUGGCCAUGCAGAUUGCUUGGUCUCGGGAAUUCCUCAAAUAUUUUGGAACAUUUUAUGGCAUUGCAGCCAUCUCUUUAACAACUGGAGCAAUAAAAAGGAAGAAUCCAGCCUUUCUCUUCCCUAUUAUUCCAUUAGGCUUUGUCUUUACCUACCAGUAUGACUUGGGCUAUGGAACCCUUCUACAAAGAAUGAAAGGUGAAGCUGAGAACAUACUGGAAACAGAAAAGAGCAAGUUACAGCUGCCGAAAGGAAUGAUUACUUUUGAAAGCCUUGAAAAAGCCAGAAGGGAACAAAGUAAAUUCUUCAUAGACAAAUGAUAUCAUGUUUACCCACUGAAUCUCAAAACACAAAAUUGUUGACCUGAAUCAUGGUUUUCGCAAUUUUUUAAAUGCUUAAGAUUUUUAUAUAAUGGAUUUUUAAAAAAAUAUUACAAUGCAAGAUCAUUUUUGUUAAGCUAUUUUUUAAAAUAAAAUUUAUAACAUUCAACAAGAAAGGAGGUACUCUUUUAAAUAACUUUCAGAUGUCCUAUAUAUGUAUAUUAUAAAUAUCUAAGUGUAAAAUUAAUAAACUAUAUUGUUUUGAAUUCCUG